AUGUCAUCGGCUAUAAUAAGAUUUUCUAAAAACAAAGGCAAAAUUUCGACAAAUGGUGAACGACAAAAAAUUAAUUUGGUGUACCUUGAUCAGACGUACGUAUGUUUCGACGUGGAACAACUGACAAAUGCAAAACUGGGAUUGAAGUUAAAACGUUGCGAAGGCGUACAGGAUGAUAUUGCAUGGCGUGUACGAACAAACGUACCCACUCAAUAUCUAAUUAACCCAUCCAGAGGUUUCAUCCAGAACGAUGAACCUAUCACGUUGACAAUCGAAUUGGUGGACAACAAAUUCCAUCCCAAUCAUAAAUUAACGCUUCAAGCGAUAGCAAUGGUUGAUGGAUGCAAUGAGAGAACAAUUUGGAAGCAUGAAAAUGCUAAAAAUCGAAGUAAAGUACAAGUGAUACGGUUGAAAUUAAGUACUGUACCGAUGAAUAUCGAAAUGUCCAAAUAUGAGGGAGAAAAUACCGCUAUGGGAACAGAAAAUUUGCGAAAUCUCAUAGAACAUAGUUCAUCUACUGGAUUAGGACGUAUCAAAGAACUGGAAAAAUUGUUGAAGACUUUGGAAGAGGAUUUCAAUAAUAUUCGAAAAAAUGCCGAUCGAACGAAACGUUUAAGGACAGCUUUGGAACAAGCCUUAGAUUCACGCAAAUUAAGCCUGGUUGAAUUGAAGCGCCGAGAAAUGGAAGUUAGCCAGGAAACGAAAAAAUUGAAAAAAGAACUUGAGGAAAAAGAAGCGGAACUGCAAGUUGCGCAACAGAUACAAACAAAUAUCUUGGCUCAUCCAACAUGUCGAAUUUCUUAA